AUGAGCAGUGAGGAAUUCAUUAUACCGGACACACCACCAUCUCAUCUGGGGUGGGCACCAAAGCGUGUACCACUCACAACAAUUUCCACCAACAAGCAACAGGGGAAGAGAAAGCUGCACUUUCUGGAGGAGGAGAAUGAGGAGGGAACCAACUUUGUACCCUCAAAGAAACGCAUGUGUGAGAACUCCUCCAUGGCUCUGCUACUAGAGGAGGUGGCGGCACGGGAUGAUGAUGAUGAUGAUGACUUCAUCGCACUCAUCAAUAGGCCAUCACCAAAACCAUGGAUGCCUCUCCGAGAGGUGGCGGAAGAUGUCCCGCAUAGUAUCAUCUCCGUGCGUGAAGAAACAAACCACCACGGCAGACAAAUUAUAUUAAAAAUAAAAAUCGCUUCUACAAAGAAAAUCUCUGAGCAUGAAGGCGAGGCCAUCGACGACUACAUAGAGGAACUUCAGACCCUCAUGAGGCGGAGAGGAGAUUUCUCAGUCAGCCACCAGAUGCAGAGGCUCUACAAGAAUCUUCUUCCUCGGUACAAGCUGUACAUCAGGGAAGCCAAAGUCUAUUCGGUGGACGAUCUGCUCAAGCUGGCCAGGCAGUAUGAGAGGAUAAAGUAG